AUUACGGCACAUGCUUUAGCACAUUAGAGGUAAGGCAAUAUUUGGAAAAUACUUUUAAUGGAAAAUUAAGAAUUAACGAAGAGGUAGUCAGUAGUGUAAGACAAACUUAACAUAUAUAACAAAACGUACACAAACAAGAAUCAUAGUCAGUACUACAAUGAAUGCUGAUCAAUGGUUGUGAAUCCUGGGUGCUGGUUAACAAAUUGAAGCAGGAAAUAACAACGUGGGAAGUAAUGAUACUGGAAAAAAUCGCGGAGGUAGAGACACUAGAUUAAAUUAAAAAACGAUGCAAUUAGAUGCGAACUAAACAUAAUGAAUGUAACUAACAAAAAGAAGAGACGAAGCAGACCCAAAAGAAAAUGGAAUACGGAAAUAGGGUUUAACCUGAGAAAAAAGAUGACUAAACUGGAGAUGGGAUAAACAAGAACCAAAUGGAGAAGAAAUAUAUGGUAGAAGAGAUUGUCUUUUGCUACGAACUCGUUCAUUGACUUAGAUCGUGAAGAGAAUCCUGUCCUAUUAUGUUUGGUGAAUACGGCGGGCAACUCUCUUUUUUAUACACGGCGGCAAUUUCUUGAUAUUGUUUUUAUUACUUAUUCACAGUAUUCACGUUUUAAAAAAAUCAAUUACAUUCUAGAACCGACUAAGUCAUUGGGAGAAACAAGUGAACAGUGUGUUAAAAUAAAUUGGUAUGUUAAAAAUUGGAGAUAAAUGUCUAGUGAUUACUUUAGUGCAUGUAGUGUUAGUGUAAAAAUAAAUUAAGUAAAUAACGAACAGUGAGUAUAAAUUUAAAAAAAAACGACGUAAAUAAAUUAGAAAAGAAACAUCACAUUGGUGUCAAAAGUAGGAUAAUAUAAAUAAAUAAUAGUCCCGGCAGGCCGUAUAGCCCUGGCAGCUGAGCCUUCCUUACUCUAAAAAGAAGAAUAAUAAAUAAAUGAAUAAGCUGUAUUUAGCAUUACUGUAGCUAUUUCAACCCAAUGAUAUUUCCUUUUAAAUUUUUUUCAAAAAUCAGUUUUUCCCUUAUAUCAGUUCUAUAUCAAAUCUGUAUUAAUACCCGACAUGUUCAGUCCACUAAAUCAAUGAUUUAGAAGAAAACAGUACUCGACAUGACAAAUGACAUCUUUCUAGCUAUUAACAAGAAGAACAAGUAACCGUUUUAGUGCUUACAAAUUUAAAAGAUGGAACCAAUGACUUUGGGUAGUGCUCCUUCAAGUCCAGCUUCUCCGGGAGUUAAUCGUAACUUUUUACCCAAUUUUUUAAUGGGAGGCGAUCCUCAAAUGAAUUCACCUAAUCCUAGUAUUUCUCCUGGAAGAAAUAAAACUCCGGGAAAUUACGCCAGAGUAUCCACAAAUGCCAUCGACUCUAAUAAUUUACGUCAAAAAUUAUUUAAUCACACAAUAAAUGAAAGCUCUUCUCCAUUAUCACCAUACUCAAUGGUACCCGAAAAGGCUGGACCCCCUAAAUUGGGAUUAUUCGAUAGCCUAGAACAAAAGAAGAAGGGUAGUCCUAUAAUGAGCAGUACAGUGGGAAAUGUUAAUGAUUCAAUUCCGUUCAAUGAUAGUAUUUUGGGUAUUACUGAGGAGAAUUCAAACUUAAGAAUGAUGAGUUAUAAUGAAUCUAUGUCGAGAACACCUAAUAUAAAUUCGCACAUUAGUGACCGUAUAGAUUCACAUUGGGUCACAGUUUUUGGCUUUCCACCGAGUGCUUUAACUUUAAUAUUAUCACAAUUGGCCAACUGUGGACCUAUUGCUGAUAAAAAAGUGCCACCUCAAGGAAAUUGGGUUCAUAUUAAAUUUAAUCAUCUAAGUGAAGUUGCAAAAGCACUUUCGUUAAAUUGUAAACUUAUUACUAAUAAUAUUAUGAUAGGAGUUACUCCUUAUCAUGAUAAGGAGAAUAAAGAAAAUGAAAGUUCUAUUUACACCUCUCCUUUGAGGGCUAGAUCAUUGAGACAUUCAUUUAUUUCUCCAAGCUCACAAAAUUCUGUAGUUUCUCCACAAACUUUACCCCAGAAAUCCACAGGGAUUGUAACUAAAGCCAUGGAGUAUGUGUUUGGAUGGUAGAUCAUCAAGUUUUCAAAUUUUAAUAGACUGAAUGCAGGUUUUUAAACAUUUUUAAAAUAAUAUAUCUAUCAGAUGCAGUGAAGAACAAACUAGGAAGUGGGUUAAUAUAUAAUCUGUACCUAUAAAGUUUUUUCGCUCUUAGCAUUUUAUUCAUCAUAUUAUGUGUUCAUGUAUUUACAUAUUUAUAUUAUUUUAGUAAAGGCACUAAAACGUAUAUUAAAAAAAUUGUUAUCUAUUAUGAAUAUAAUUUUUUUUUGUUUAUUUUAAAUAUUUUCAUUUGAUUCUUGUUAAAUCAAUUUUUCAAUUUGUUUAUACUCUAUUUAUUAAUAUAUUUUGUAUCUACAUGUUUGGCAUCUUUGCAGCAUCCCUGUAUUUUUAUAAUUAUUAACAUUUUUGUGUUUAUAUUGCUACAACUCAAUUAUUUUUCAUAAUAUUUCAAAAAUAGUUCUUACCUAUUAUAUUAAAAACUUAUAUAACCAAACACGAUAAUUCGUGUUAAUUUUUUUAAACAAAUUAUGGAAGGAUCUGGUCUGAUGAUAAUUUCUUUGAUUAUUUUCUCUAAAAAGCAGACAAAUACCUUCGGUUGCAGAAAAGCAAAAGAUGUGAUAUUUUUUAAGUUUGUUUAUUACUUGUAAUAUUGUAAAAAGACUUUUGCUUACAGUAAUUGAAAUAUAUUUAAACAAAAUAUUAAA